AUGACCGCCGAGGAACAUGGCGUUGCUGGUGCGAGUCCUUGUGAGUGCCGGAGGAGCGUCCGCGGUCGUCACCCGCCGGCCUCCGGGAACCAGACUAGCACUUCCCAGUGGGUUCCAGUAUGUACUCAACUGGUACCAGUUUCUCUUGCCCAAGGACAGUGGUGCAGGUCUCUCUCCAGCACUUCCCAGUGGCUGCAGAUGAAACAUUCCCGAACCUGUGUGGGGUCAGAACGGAUUCCUGGUACAGACUUACAGCAGAGGAGGAAGUACCACACCACAGAUAAGCUUCCUGCCAUCAAAGAUUCCCCACAGCCUGUUGAAGAGAAGGUUGGUGCCUUUACAAAGAUAAUAGAAGCCAUGGGAUUCACAGGACCUUUGAAAUACAGUAAAUGGAAAAUUAAGCUUGCAGCCCUGCGCAUGUAUACAAGCUGUGUGGAGAAAACGGACUUUGAGGAAUUCUUUCUAAGGUGUCAGAUGCCUGAUACAUUCAAUUCAUGGUUUCUUAUAACUCUACUUCAUGUCUGGAUGUGUCUAGUCCGAAUGAAGCAAGAAGGCCGGAGUGGAAAAUACAUGUGUCGUAUAAUAGUUCAUUUUAUGUGGGAAGAUGUUGAGCAGCGUGGCAGAGUCAUGGGGGUUAAUUCUCACAUUCUAAAGAAGAACAUGGUCCUCAUGACAAAUAAUUUCUAUGCUGCAGUUUUGGGAUAUGAUGAGGGGAUCCUUUCAGAUGAUCAUGGACUGGCUGCUGCCCUCUGGAGAACCUUUUUCAACCAGAAAUGUGAAGACCCACGACAGCUUGAAUUGCUGGUAGAGUACGUGAGGAAACAGAUGCAGUACCUGGACUCCAUCAAUGGCGAGGAUCUGCUUCUGACAGGGGAAGUGAGCUGGCGCCCUCUGGUGGAGAAGAAUCCACAGAGCAUUCUGAAGCCCCGGGCUCCUACUUACAAUGAUGAGGGUCUUUGAGAGGUUGGCCAGAUGCCCUUGAGAACCUCAGAGAGAGAAGUGCCUGUUGGCCUCAGGACCCUGAAGAAAGUGGCCUGAACUGUCAAAUAUUUGGCCCCAAUUGUGUUUCCUCUUCCUGUACCCAGGAGUCUGGUCUGGUGGGGUAUAGUGCUUUUCUGAGCAGUGGUUUCCAUUAAGAGGAUCCCCAAGCACACUCCCAAAGCCCACCAACAACCAUGUAUUAAGGACAGCUUUUCCCAAGGGCUGAGGAGGGGAAGUUAGGUUAGAAAGGGAGCGCCCCUGCUGAAGGCCCACUGUGCCUAUGAGCAGCUUGUGAUGCAGCUGAGGCAAGACAGCUAGCCACACUGUGUCCUCCAGCUUCGAGCCAUGGGGUUGAGGUGACCAUUAAAAAACUUAUCUCCGCUACAGCUCUUCUUUAUUGCAGACUCUCUUAGACAUAGAUGGUGAGGUGGAUGCUGCAAGCUAAGGAGCAACUGCCCGUCACAGUUAGAGACAGGGAAACGGAGGAGCCCAGAGGGGACUGCUUUUCUUGCCUCCAGUUCACAGAGGGUGUCACUGUCUGGCCUGCCACGCAUGUCCUUUGGGACCUGGGAGGCCCCUGAUGGACAAGGGGCUUGUCACAUCCUAAGUAAUUUAGAAAGAGUACUUGGGAACAAAAGUCCCUUUGUCACCCACAGUGAAUUGGGUAAAGAACAUGUGAUCUUUCCUUUCUUGGCCUCCCCCUUACAUGAGAUAGUGAGGCAAAAACAAAAUUUUUUUAGUGUUAGUGGUCCCAGACCCAGACCCAGCCCUGUGCUGGCUUUCUGUGCACUCCCCAACUUCCGCAGCAUGUGCUGUAGAGCUGCCUGGUCUGAGCACGUAAGGACCCAUUCACCCCUGCCUAGGUGUUUGGGUCAUAGUUUGGAGAAUUUUUUCUUAAAGAAAGGGGCGGGAAAUUGUCUUGCCCCUCCCCACUUCAAACUUCCUUCAUUGAGCUUGCUAUAAAAUGAGUCAUAUAAAGAAACUCUAUACGGGUGAGGUAUAUUCCACUUCUGUGAAAACAUUACAAAUCAAACCGCCUUCUCUCAGUUUAUUUAAGAUGCUUUUGUUGCGAAUGGAGCUCUCGAGUGAAGCCUCCACUGUGUGUGUGAGAUAAUAACACCUUGUAACUCAUUACAGCUGGGCACUAUUUACAUUUACCAGAGCUGAGCCAGGCAGGAAUUUGCUGAUUAAUUUAUUUUUAAUGGAGUGAAGUAUACCAUGCACCAAAAUAAACUUUACUGUGUGUACCUAA